UUUCUUGACGAGAUGUCAAAGUUUAAAGCGUUUCAUGCAACCUCAAAGCAAAGGUCUGUUCUCUUUUAUUUUUAGAAUAUGACAGGAAUCACUGAAGUGAGCUUCUCCAUAGUUUACGCCAUAACAAUGAUCGUAGCUUUGGCUGGCAACACACUGCUGAUCUACAUCGUGUGGAAGAAACCUGGAACAAGAAAUCUGACAAGUUUUAUGUUUGUUAACAUGGCGGUGGCUGAUUUGCUGGUUGCAGUGUUUCAGAUGCCUAUCAGCAUAGCUAUUUUUUAUUUCCACCAUAUUCAGAUACCCUGCGAGUUUUUCUAUUACUCUGCGUUCGUGUCGACUACCGCCUCCAUUUUCUGUCUCGCUGUGAUGGCAUUUGAUCGAUACUUUGCUGUUGUGCAUCCUUUCCGAAGUAGCAUUUGGUUCAGGAAGCCUAAGAUCAUCACGCCAGUUCUUUGGAUCUCAUCCAUGGUCUUGAUGUCAAUCGUACCAGUUUCCUACAAACCCGUGAAUGGUGUCUGCUUCCUUUAUGAUACUGUUCUAUCGCAUCUGGCCUUUUGGAGUUUCAUCCUUGUUAUCGACUACCUCCUGCCUCUCGCCGUCAUCUCCAGCCUCUACAUCAUAGUUGCUGGAAAACUGUGGCUCCACGAAAUGCCUGCGGAUGAUGAAGUACCUGUACACCAACGACAACAGGAAAUCCCCAAGAAAAAAGUCAUCCGAAUGCUCAUCAUUGUUGUGGUGGUGUUCGCAGUCUGUUGGCUUCCAGUGCAUGUGUAUCAGAUGGACAAAUCUGUAAAAAGGGGAGCAUUAUGGCCGCCUUCCCUCAUUUACUUCUGCUACUGGCUCAGUCAGGCUAACAGCGCCAUAAAUCCAUGGUUGUACAUUGGUCUGAACGGAAAGAUGAAAGCAGCCUUCACCAAAAUGAUCCGAUGCUGCCGUGGGGGAAAUCUCAGACAACAAAGAUCUUCUGUGGGUACCAACACUAGGAGCAAAGCGACCUUUACAAAGCGUUCCCUCCUGGAUACCAAAAUGUAAAUACCACUUUGGCCUUGUAUGAACGAGUAGUAACUAGUGUUAGUGAAACAUUGCUUACGUAGGAUGUCUAGUCUUAGCGAGACGUUGCUUGAAACCAGAUAGUGCUUGAUUUUUUGCAAGCUCAGCGUAGAGUCGUAGAGAAACAUUAAGCAAUGUGGUUGGAAGUAGUAUACGAGGUUUUAAGUCUUACUAAGUUUAGUUAGUCAAGCGUGUCAGCCAUGACUGUCAGGGUUUAACAAAGUCAUUUUUAUAUAUAGAUGUUUUAUUAAAGCAAUACUAUAAACGCUUUUCUGUUAUUAACAUGUUCUUAACCCCUAAAAGCGACAUAAUACGCCCUAUGAUUUAUUUCUAUUUAUA